GCACAAGUAGGUGAGCAUAGUGACCUUUUGGACUGAGAGAGCAACCUCACUUACCACACGGAAAAUAGUUUGCUGACAGCACGGAAUCAUGGACAAAGUAUUUGCAAAAAAUGGAACAGAGACCCCGGAGCCUGUAAAAGCGGAAGUAUCAGGCACAGUUCCUGAAUGGUUACAGGGAACCCUUGUGCGCAAUGGACCUGGGAUGUUCUCUGUUGGGGAUACUGCAUACAAACACUGGUUUGAUGGCAUGGCUCUCCUCCAUAGCUUCACCUUUAAAGAUGGUGAUGUCUACUACCGGAGUAAAUUUCUCAAGAGUGAUACUUUCAAAAAGAACACAGGUGCCAACAGGAUUGUGGUGUCUGAAUUUGGGACUAUGGCCUAUCCUGAUCCCUGCAAAAGCAUAUUUUCAAAGGCUUUCUCCUACUUCAGCAAUGCCAUCCCUGAUUUCACGGACAACAACCUUGUGAAUAUUAUACGAUAUGGUGAGGACUACUAUGCUGCAUCUGAAGUGAACUACAUCAACCAGGUCGACCCACACACUCUGGAGACAGUUGGGAGAGUAAAUUACAGGAACCAUAUUGCAGUAAACUUGGCUACUGCACACCCUCACUAUGAUGAAGAAGGAAACACCUACAACAUGGGCACAGCAAUUAUGGGUUUUGGCCGACCCAAGUACAUGAUAUUCAAAGUUCCAGCCAACGCAUCAGAUAAAGACAAGAAACAGCCAACCUUGAGUAAAGUGGAGCAGGUGUGCUCUAUCCCCUUCAGAUCAGCCCUCUACCCGAGUUACUUCCACAGCUUUGGCAUGACUGAGAACUACAUUGUCUUCGUGGAGCAAGCCUUUAAGCUUGACAUCCUCAGGCUUGCAACGGCCUACUUCAGAGGGGUUAAUUGGGGAGCCUGCCUCACAUAUGACAAAGAUGAUGUUACAAUAUUUCAUCUGAUCGACCGGCACACUGGGAAAGCCAUUUCCAGAAAGUUCUAUGGAGAUCCCUUUGUGGUGUUCCACCACAUAAAUUCUUACGAGGAAAACGGCCAUGUUGUGUUUGAUCUGAUUGCAUACAAAGACAGCAACCUGUACGAAAUGUUCUACAUUGAAAACCUGAAACAGGACACAGACAAGUUCAUUGAAAACAACAAGAUCUUCUCACCACCAGUCUGUCAGAGAUUCGUUUUGCCCAUCACUGUUGACAAGAACACUCCAGUGGGCACAAACCUUGUAACACUAGAGGACACAUCAGCCAAAGCAGUGACCCAAAAUGAUGGCUCAGUCUUCUGUUCACCUGAUACACUCUUUGUGGGUUUAGAAUUGCCACAGAUUAAUUACAAAUUCAAUACCAAAAAGUACAGAUAUUUCUACGGCUCAAGAGUGGAGUGGUCUCCACAUCCAAAUAAGAUUGCCAAAGUGGACAUUGUCACCAGAACUCAUAAAAUCUGGACUAAUGACGAGUGCUACAUCUCUGAGCCGAUUUUUGUGGCCUCACCUGAUGCUGUUGAGGAGGAUGAUGGAGUCCUUCUGUCCUCGAUCGUGUCUCUUAAUCCUGCAAAACCCAACUUCAUGCUCAUCUUGAAUGCCAAGACAUUGGAGGAGAUUGCCCGUGCAGAGGUGGAUGUGUCUGUUCACAUGGAUCUGCACGGCUAUUUUAUUCCUCAGAAGGACAGCAACUGAGCAGGUUUUGGUCUUUGGGUUUAACCGUUUCUUUCAGCCCUUAAAAUAGUUAUUGAAAACCCUAUGUGCUCUGUGAUUAUUAUUAACAUUAUCGAUCAAAUCUCAAUGAGACAAAUUGUAACACAUUAUCUGUCAAAUGUAUUAUUUACAUAUGAUGCUGCCUAUUUAUUAACAUAUAACAAGCCCAUAAUAUAAUUUAGUAUUUAAUUUGUUUUUAAACUUCACUGUCUUCACUAGCUGGGUUUCUAUCCAACUUUUUGAUGCAAAUGUUCAUCAUUUGAAUAGGGACUCCUAUAGGGAAUAAUCUGGAGUAAAACCACCAAGGGUCUAUUUAUGGAUGGAGUUCAAAUUUAAAUACAUUAAUCAGAGGAGUUUUGAGAUUUUUGCAUUAACAAUGAAAUGGUUCAGUAGUGGUGUGGAGAGGGUCCCUACAGACAAUCAAAGUAUUGUAAACGUUGUGUACAGAGAGGUUAUAAUGAGGACUGUUAAGGAAAUCAGUGCAUUACCUUAAACUUGUCUUUCAGUCGCCGGCAUCUUGAGAAUUCCUAAGUUAUUUUCACUCCGGAGUAUUGCUUUAAAGCAACACAAUGUAGUUUUUUGCCUCAAAGGAAGGCAUUUUGAUGCUACACUGACUUACAAUAUGUGAAGUCACAUUUCCAAUGUGUGCCAGGAAUGCCUGGUAUUCACUCCUAUUUGGAAUUACACAGAUGUCACAGUUGCAAACGGAAGUUCAUGAACGUGAGGAAACCUUGCCAUGGAACGUGAGGAAACCUUGCCACGCCUCCACUUCCCAUUAACCAGAUAACUUAGUCAAGGCUCACCUGCUCGCACCGCUUCAGCAUUCGCUCGCGCUCGCAGUAGCCACCGGUUUGCUCCCUCGUUUCAUGCAGAACUUGCUGCCCAUUAAAUCCGUCUGUUUACACACUUUCAUUUGCGUCUGCACGGGGACUCUUGGAGUGAGGCAGUUGUUGCAUUCGUAUUAGUUAUGUAAAGCCCACUCGUUCGUUGAGAGACAUGUCGCAAACAUGUAUGCCAGUUGAAGCCACUUGUUUUGCUGAUUGCCUGUUUCUACCUAACAGCUAGUGUUCGGUCGCGUCGGGCUUGUUCAUAGAUACUUCAGCUCACAGAGUUGCCUCUACCUUUUGGCUUGUGUAACGGAUGCCAGCUAGCUUAGCUGUGCUUGUGGAACGUUGGUAAACCUAACUCCCCGGCGCCUCAAGAGUGCUGCUGGCAUGCGAGCCAGGUUCAACACAAUGCAGGUUACACUUGCUUGGAGGCAUUGGGCAGGGCUGUAGUCAAGACCACAUUUGUCGAGUCCAAGUCAAGUCCAAGACCAGGACUAGUCGAGAUUCGAGUCCAAGACAAGACCGAGUCCAAAAAGGUUCAAGACCGAGUCCAGGAUAGGAAAAAAAGUCUUAUGCAUGACAGUAUCAAGACAAUCAUUUUGGGUUAUUAUUAUUAUUAUCUAAAAGCAAAAACAGUGUGAACACACCCAGGAUUUGUAAGUGUAGCCAUUCCCCUUCUCCAAUAUUAUUAUAGGGCUGUCAAACGAUUUGAAAUGAAUUAAUCUCGAUUAACUCAUUUGUAAAUGGUGCACUGUCACUUUAAGCCCAUUGUGGCCACGUUCUCAUAAUGAUCUUUUUUACCAGCUCCAUUGAAAUAUAGCCUAUAGCUAGUCCACAAGCUCUAAUAUUGUUUGUACCACAUGUAUUGUACAAUAUUAACAAUGAUAAGCAUGAUAUUAAGUUGGUAUAAACAGCUUUCAUUCCUUUGGAAAUAGAAGCAUGUAAUGACAUGAUGCUAGCUAGACAUUUUCUGUUUGCAAUUAAAAGUGAAUGAUGAGCCUGAGCCAGUCACCUAGCUAGCGAUGUGUUUCAAUCGGCAUAAUAUGUGCUUCAUGUAAACAAAUUAUUGAAGACUUCAAGACUCACCAGUUCCAUUACACAAAGGCAAAGACAACUCUUCAUAUUUUUGUCCAUUUUUCAAAUCACAGUGAGUGCAGCCUACAUGUCAAAGUGCCCUGGCUCUCAGUUUAGGCCUUAACUGGUCAGUAGUGGAAAUCGGAUAAAUCAGCAAUCUCCUCUAACCUCGUCUUUGUUGCCUUCCUUUUAUAAGUUUCUUAUAUUAAAAAGGAGAUAUCAAUUAUCAUCAACAACGAAAAGCCAGCUGGAGCCUGCCAAUCGUUUUCUCUCCCUCUCGUGUGCGCUCAGACGUGCUCUCAAUCAAAUGGAGUAGCAUACGUUCAAGUUGGAUCUUAAUGGAGAGGACCCGAAAAGUAUCAUCUUUAUGUAACUGUUGCUGUUGGUGCAUUUUGACAUUGUAAACGUUAUCUAACAAGAGUGAAAAGCAGU